AUGGGGAAUCAAAGCAGUCAACCACUAUCCAAAGAUUUGGAAUGCUCAAAAUUUAUUCAUUUUCUUCCUACUGAAAUAAGAGAAUGGUCUUUUGCCUUUAAAGCAAUUUAUCCAGACGGUAGAAUGUCACUUAAAGAUUUUAUUGAUUUCUUUUCCUCACUCUUCCCAUUUGGAAAGGUAGAGCCCUUUUGUACGAGAAUGUUUCAAAAUAUUAACAUAAGCCAAGCUAAAGAAGUUGAAUUGAGCGAAUUGCUUAUCGCAUUUACUAUUCUUUUAAAAGGAUCAACAUUUGAAAGACUAAGAUGGUUGUUUAGAUUUUAUGAUGAUGAUAAGGAUGGAUUUGUUAGCAGAGAUGAAUUGGAAAAGGGAUUUGAUAUUAUUAAUUUGAUGGUCUCAAAUUCGAUGAUGUCCGAAAUUCCUUCAAAAUUUUUAGUUGAUGAAAUAUUCUCUUCGCUUCAGAAUCAGAGUGGAUUUCUAACAUUCAAUGAUUUUGAAAUACUGGCUCAGGAAAAUUCUGAUAACUUUAAAAAGAUUUCAUUCUUUUAUGAUUAG